CCUACUUAACGUCGAACACCAGACCUCGUUACCUAAAGCCAUGGAGCUGGAGGCAUGGCUGCCCUGCCUUCUCGUCCUCUUACUUUUCUUUGUCUCCUCCCUCUUGUUCUUCCAAGGAAAGGACAAUCUACCACCCGGACCAAGGGGCUGGCCUAUCGUGGGCAACCUCUUCCAACUGGGCUCCAAACCUCACGCCACCCUCUCGGGCCUAGCCCGCACCUACGGCCCUCUCUUCUCUCUAAGGCUCGGCACCCAGUGUGUCGUCGUCGCCUCCUCACCGUCCACCGCGGCCCUUGUACUCAAGACUCAUGAACGCUCUAUCUCAGCUCGCGCCGUCCCUCAGGUAUGCCGAUACGAGGAGUACCUCCCCUACUCCAUAGUGUGGUCUGACUGCAACGACUCGUGGAAGCAGUUGAGAGCCGUCUGCCGGAGUCGGCUGUUCUCCGGCAAGAUGCUCGACAGCGGCGCGAGACUCAGGCAGCAGAAGGUGGAGGAAAUGGUGAGGCGCCUUCGAUCCAGUGAGGGCGAGACGGUCUGCAUUCCAGACGUAGUGUUUAGCACCAUCUUCAGCAUGAUGGCUGCCAGCAUCUUUUCGGAUGAUGCAGAAAGUGCAACCGGUAAUGCGGAAAAGAUGAAGCGGUUGGCAUGCAGGGUGCUCGAGUUGUCAACCACACCGAACUUUUCCGACUACUUUCCGGCAAUCGCGGGGCUUGACGUGCAAGGGCUGCGCCGCGAAUCGAUGGCUUGCUAUAAGGAGGUCUACGACAUCUGGGAAGGAGUGAUCGUGGAGAGAAAGAAGCAGAAGUUGCAGGGAGGAGGGAAGCUUGAUCAUGAUGAUUUUCUCGGCGCUUUGCUUGCCAGUGGGCUUAGCGACCUCCAAAUCAAAGCAUGCCUUUUCGAGAUGUUCAUUGCUAGCACCGACACUACAACCACUACAAUAGAGUGGGCGAUGGCAGAGUUCAUGAAACAGCCAAAAAUCAUGGCCAAGCUUCGAAAGGAACUAUUUGAUACCUUGAGUAGCACAGACACAAAGGUCAUAGACAUGGAGAAGAAGCUGAAAGAACUGCCUUACUUUCAAUCCUGCAUAAAGGAGACACUGAGAUUGCACCCAGUUGUGCCAAUCCUCCCAUAUCGCGCCACCGACACGUGUGAAGGCCUCGGCCACACAAUCCCCAAGGGAUGCCAAGUUUGGGUGAAUGUGUGGGCAAUAGGAAGGGACCCGGCGUCGUGGGCCGAGCCCCUAACCUUCCUACCAGAGCGCUUCAUCGACUCCCCGAGCUUGGAUUUCAGGGGGGCUGAUCACCGUUUGAUUCCUUUUGGCUCGGGAAGGCGGACAUGUCCCGGGUUGCCGCUCGCGACUCGGCUUAUUGAGUUGAUACUUGCAAACUUGGUGCACAACUUUGAGUGGUCACUACCUCAGGGUGUGGACCCUAGCAAGCUUAGCAUGGAAGAGAAGAAUGGCCUCACAAUCCCAAGGGAGCACCCUUUGGAAAUCAUUCCCAAGUUUAUUGGGCAUAAACACUAGUUGGGGGCUGCAACUGCUAUGACGUACAAUUGAAUAAAUUUCAAGUGGUGUAGUUUCCUUGUAACAUAUUUUUGUGUGCUUCUUGAAUCAAUGUCUAGAGUUUAAACCACUGCAUGCCUUAGCAUGGGACAUGUAUCACAUUAUGAAAAAUCUUAAAUUUGAAUUAUGUAAUAAAGUGAAUUAUGUAAAGGAGCUAGCUUUUGAGUGAAAGAAAUUGUGUGGGUAUGUGUGGGCAACUGCCCACACAA